AUGUGGAUAUGUGCGCGACGGCGCAUAAAGGUGCAUAGCGCAACGGCGCGGCGUGUACAUACUGCGUGGCCCAAGGCAGCCAGGCCUGUACGGCUUUCGGCACUGUACAGCCCGACGCUUUCCGCCGAUGCGACUAGCGCAGCCGACUCGAUAGAGAGCUUGAAACUGCUUCUCCGCGGUGGCUACGUGCGUCAGACAGCGUCAGGGUCGUACACGUACUUGCCUCUUGGUAUGCGCAUGAUCGACAAAAUACGCGGCAUUAUCGAUGAGGAAAUGCAGGCGAUUGGCGCCUCGUGCAUUGAAAUGCCUCAACUGCUCGGAUCCGCGCUAUGGCACAAAACAGGCCGCAUGGAUGCGAUGGGGAGCGAACUUUUUCGGCUCAGGGACCGACGCGGUGCGGAGAUGAUUCUUGCACCGACGCAUGAGGAGGAAGUGACGAGGUUGAUUGGCUCCGAGAUCGACAGCGCCAAGUGUUUGCCGGUGCGUGUCUACCAAAUCGGCCGCAAGUUUCGCGACGAGCCAAGGCCACGAGCUGGACUGCUCCGCACGAAAGAAUUCCUUAUGAAAGACUUGUACACGUUUGACUCCGAUGCGGAUGCCGCAAAGGCUUCGUAUGCAGACGUAGGUCGUGCGUACAGCAAUAUUUUUAACCGCGUCUUUGACUGGCAGCAUCUUGGCGAGUCGGCCACGGUAUGGCGUGCAGCAGAAGCCGAUACAGGCGCGAUGGGCGGCACCUUCUCGCACGAGUACCAUGUAGAGGAUCCAAUCGGAGAGGAUACAGUGCUGUCCUGCUCAGCGUGUGCGUAUUCGGCAAAUACAGAGUGCGCAACGUCCAAAGCGCAGCCUGCACAACACUUCCAAGUGCAGCUGCAUCAACGUGCAGACGCCAGCUCGCUUUAUGCUCUGGUCAUGCCAAAAAGCGCGGUACUGCAUCCGCUCGCCAUGGCGCGCUUUGGUCUUGUGUCGUGGAAUGGAGAGGGCAGAGCUGACAAGUUGCGUGUCCUUGUGGACUCCUCCUGCGCAUUGCCAGACACCACACUCCGCACCAUUGUGCAGGACGGCAUUGCAAACAGGGUUACCGACGUACCAGCCAUUUCUACUAUACAGCAGGACACGCAACUUUGUGCCGCACAGGCCGGCGAUCCUUGCAGCGAGUGCCCCGAUGGAGCACUGGAGGCACACCGUGCGAUUGAAGUGGGGCAUACCUUUCUUCUUGGCACACGCUACUCGACAGCGCUUGGCUACGGCGUAGGCAGCGGUGCACAGCGCGUUCCGCUUCAGAUGGGAUGCUACGGAAUUGGCGUGACGCGUGUGCUGGGCGCGCUUGCGCAGCAUGCAGCGCGCAUGUACACAAAGCAGAACACCAAUGCACAGCGAAAACGUGCUGGUUUUGUGUGGCCACUAGCGGUAGCACCUUUCCGUGCGCUUGUACUUCCAUCGCCACCGCACACGCCCGAAAAGAUGCAUGCGGCGAAUACAUUGUGCGCGCUGCUUGACAAUGGCACUGCGCCGCGAUGGUGCACAUCAUCGGGCCCCUUGCAUCUCCAUGUGCCGCACUACGACAUUGCGCUGGACGAUCGUUCCUGCUUGUCCUUUGGCGCGCGCAUAUUUGACGCCGAUUUGGUUGGCUACCCACUUGUCUUUAUCCUUGGCAAGCACUGGGAAAAAACGGGCGAGGUCGAGGUGCGGAUGGCCGGCGGAACUACUCGCUAUGCACACAUAGAGGGCGUUUCUCCAUAG